AUGAUACUGACGAAGGGAGAUAUUCUGUUUGGGUCUGGAUCGGUUAUGAGACGGCUCAGUCUCCGGCCGGGGAUACAUAGGCGUUCUAGUUCCGCACACCUGCCCAGUCGCAGAACGAUCGAAGAACAUCCCGAAAAGGUGGAAUCCGCAGACAACAGUCAUAUGGAUGAGAUGGCGCAACGCAAAUCGGAACACGAUCCUGAGAAAGGGCGCACCAUCCUACCCAUGUACAGCUUCGGAACGAUCGGACGGAGCAAGACAUUGAGGCGCAAAAGCAGUUCUCGGCAGCCUUCCAGCCCUGAUUCGCAAACCUGCGUUGGCAAGGGGGAGGGAAGCCAUGAAAGCCUUGAAAGCCCUUCCAUGAAGUCCUCGAUCCGAACGAUAUUCAACUCGAUGUCUCUACGAAAGGCAAAGAGAAAUCGUCGUAUGGGCUUGGCUGGUGGAGGGGGAUGA